AUGUCAAGCACUUCCAAAUAACACCAUGAUAGUAUUCUCAUUUAUUGUUCAUCCAACGCAAAAUGAAAUUUUUUCUGAUAUUCGCGUUGGUCUUCGUAAUUUCUGCUAUUACGGAAACAUAUUGUGAGAGGGAUGUAGUGCUCAAAUUCACUGGCCUGGACUUGCAAGAAUCGUUUCCAAAUUACUUUGAUAUUUCUAAGGUAGAACUAAAACUUAAAGAUGGAUAUGAAUCGAUUUUCCUAGUUAAUGGAGAGGUCGAACAAAAAGUGGAUCUGGAUGAUAAUUGGACGGGGGACGCAAAGAUUUUCCGUAGUGAAACUGUUGACGGUGAAUACACCAGCUAUUUGUCAUUUCGCAAGACUGGGAUUUGCACUUUCAUGAAGACGGCAUACGACUCGUACUUAUAUCAUAUUGUGAAGAAUUGUUCUAACUUACCCGAUCCUAGAACGUGUCCGAUUACAAAGGGGAAGUACCAUGGAAACUGCGAAUUAGAUGCUUUUGUUGCUCAAACUUUGUCGAGGAAGGGCUUCUACAAGAUUUAUGCAGAUUUAUACAAUGGUAGUCACCAUGAAACUGGAUUCGUUUUUCGAGUAUCAGUAGUAAAUAGAAAAUUUCUAUCUGAUUGAAACAGAUUUUUGUUCAAAUAGUCUUGAAGUAAAAUUGCA